AUGGGUCGGGAGAAGGAAUCAAGCGCCCAAUUGCGCACCCGCAUACGCGAAUUGAAGCUCCAGGUUGGACCUAUACCCAUACGAAAAGACAACGUUUUAAAGCCUCGACCAGGCGCGCGCAAAAAGCUCGCAGAAGAGGAUCUAUUAAAGAUUAUUGCGCGUACUGAUGAUAAUGCGCAUGUCAAUUCCAGGAUCUACUUGAAGUAA